CAAAUCCCGGAAGUGUAGCAAUCGCGGCUAAAAUAAUCAACAAGUGAGAUCCCAGUGGAACAUUUUUUUUCAUCUAGCUUGGAAAAGGGCAACAUGGAGGCUGGUGAUACUUCAAAUGUAGCUUCGGCAGAGGAGAAAGACUUCGGCAAGGCUUUUUGCAUCAUAACAGGAGCGUCUAAAGGUUUCGGUAGAUGUCUUGCUAAAGAAAUUUCACCUCUCCUAAAACCUGGCUCGGUUCUUCUCCUGGUUGCCAGAUCUGGAGAUAAGCUACGGGAACUGGAGGAGGAUUUGUCCUCGAAGGGAGACGGCCUGCUUAUCCGCUCUGUGGUUGCAGAUCUGGGGCAGAAAGAUGGAGUGGAAGCUGUUAUAAGAGAAGCAAAAAAGACACCAAGCUCUGAUAUCAACACCCUCUUUCUGUUUAAUAACGCAGCUUCUCUUGGCGAUGUUUCACGCUACGCUCGAAGUUUCACCGACAUGGACGAAGUGAACGAGUAUCUCUCGAUGAACGUUAGCUCGGCGCUGUGUUUGACUGCUGGGAUCCUGCAGGCGUUUCCAGCUCGUGAGGGUUUCCGGCACUGCGUGGUAAAUGUGAGCUCUCUGUGUGCCCUGCAGCCGUUUCCCUCCUGGGUUCUUUACUGCAUGGGUAAAGCGGCACGAAACAUGAUGUUCCGCGUGCUGGCUAAGGAGGAGUCUGAGCUCAGGAUUCUCAACUAUGCUCCAGGCCCUCUAGACACAGAUAUGCAAACCCACGCCCGGUGUGACACAGCGGAUGACGGUAUUAGGACGUCCAUCAUGGCGAUACACUCUGAGGGCCGCCUACUGACCUGCGAAGAAUCUGUGGGGAAGCUGUUAAAGGUCCUGUUAAAGGACGAUUAUGAAUCUGGAGCGCAUCUAGACUUCUACAAUUUGUAAUUCGUCCCUGGAAGAUUUCUCAGAGAUGCAGUAAUACUACAGACAGAUUUGGAAGCUGUUACAGUACCAGCUUUAUUUAUGGUGAUGAUCUUGUUACAGUAGUUACAUGGAUAUUUUCACUUCGGUUGUCAUUACCUCAAAAUGACAUCGUUCAUCAGUCAUUAACAUUAUUUUCAGUAUUAUCUGACCCAAAACCCACCUGUUAUUACUUUUUUUAAUAGUAAUUUCAGUUUCUUAUAGGACCCUGGUCAUGUAAAAAUAACUGACUAGAAUCGUAGCCAAAACAGACACAGAGUAAACAAACACUAGAAGAUUUUUUUUUCUUUAGAGUCAAUUACAUUUCUUAGUAAACUUUUAAACACGGCAUACUUUAUUAAAUAUGAACUAUAUUACUACUCUAUUGUUAUGAAUAUGCUAGGAAGCUAGCUUAGUCCCUUAAUGCUAGCAAACCUGGCUUCACAAUAUACAAUAAUUAGCCUAAUUAAUAAGUUAGCUUGCUGAGUCGACUUAGCUACUGAUUCUAACCACAAAUACUUUCUUUCAGGUUCAUUGUCAUGCAGAUAAAUUAGAUUUUCAUCCACAACAACAUUACAGACAGUUAACAAAUAACAUCGAUUAUCUACCUAUAGGCUAACAUGGUUAGUUAGCCUAAUGUUAGCUAGCUUACUACACCAAUAUUAGCUAGCUCAGGUCAACUUUUAGGUCAUUCUUUACACAUAAUGUAAUAGUUACAGUUUGAGUAGGUCAUUUGUUGGUCUAGCUAAGUAAAGAGAUACUGGAGUGUCGCUCUGCAACAUGAAGAGGAGCUAAUUCUUAUACAAUGCUAAUAUUUUUUGGUAUUUAAUGGAACAGAAAGUAUAUUUUUAACACAGUCUUACUGCAAAGUUGUGGUGUCAUUGCAUCUCUAACUGGGAUUAGACCAAAUCACAUUAGCAUUCCUAAUUCUGUGGGCAUAAUUCACGUAAUCUGUAGCUGACGCAAGAAUCUUCUGCAAUUUGUUGUAUUGGUCAGUUUUGUGGCUUGUGUUGUCCUCAAAUGUAAUAAAAGUGCUUUCAUUUACUCAA